AUGACAGCACCGCUGCUGCCCAAAUCAGAGAAUCAACCAGGAAAAAUGUCCAACUGCAUCAACCCAAAGCGGACUGCAGAGGCCACUGCGGCUGAAGAUGAGCAGACGGUCCUGAUGCUGUUGCCCUCAGCCCCAGGCUGUGUAAAUACUCCCCUUAGGCUACUUGUUGUGGACAGUUACGUGACGGAUGAACCCCUGAUGCACGCUCAAGCCAGAAAGCAUCCCAGCAGAGCGGCUCAACCACAUGGCUGUACCAUAAACCCAGACUUUGUUGCUCUUCUUCCUAUAGCCCGCAGGAGCAAAGCAGAAGUGCAAAGGAAUGAGGCCCAAGGGCACUUGGAGUUUGAGGGGGGUGAGCCUGGCAAAUCUGAAGGUUUAUGGCCUUUGGGCACAUCCCGCCAAAGGCCUGCACCUGCUCAUACGAGUUUCCAGAGUCUACUACCAGCUCAAGAACAAGGUGCUUUGUGGCUGUCCAUUGCUGAAGUCCUAAAUAUCCUCCUGAUGUUGACAAGUGCCCUCCGCUUGGGCUGCACAGGGAGCUCCCCCAGCUCUGGGUUCCACUGGCUCAAGGUGGAUGCCUCUAUAGCCAUCCUCAUGGAGCUUGCAGGGACUCUCCAUAGGCUCCCAGGCAUGGUGGCCCAUGUGAUGGACACAACCAUAUUUUAAAUCACCAUGAACCUUAGACCAGAAGAUUGGAAGCCUCAGAAAUGGGACUACCUCGCCUGGGCUUCUUUCGCCCUCCACAUGGCUGUAUUUGUCAUGGCCGUGAGCAGAUACCACCUGGAAUUCACAGAGAGGCAGAAGGUACAGAAGGGCAACUGGCACUUUCAACACAACUCCGGACCUCAGGCUUCAGAAAGCAUUUAGGAAACAGAAGCUGCUCCCAGCCCUGCUGGGCAUGCCCUCGUGUGUGUAUCUGAGCACUGCCGCCAGGUGCCCCAGUCCAGGUAA